GAUGCCACGAUAAUAGGAUAUUCUAUUUUGGAUGGGUUAUUCAUUUUCUUAUUGGCUGCAAACUGCAUAGCUCCUUACAUUGGUAUGAACAGCAUCAGUGAUUACAAAACCCCACUGAUUACAUUCAUCAUCAUUAUAUCAAAUGAGUUAGGAAAUGCCGCUUUAUUUUCAUUCAUGAUCUUAAUACCUCCCUUCACUUUAAUUGGAUUUCUCCUAUAUUUGGCAAAGCUCACUGUUGUCUAUCCAAUGGAUGCUGAAAGUCUGAACAGUGGAGUAGAAGUCAAUGAAACUAUUCUCCUAAUAAUCUUAAUCGUAAGAGAAACUUUCUACCAGAAUAUGCAUUCUUCUUUGAUGGCAUAUAAGUUGCCGGUGGGCAAUGUUCACCCCCUCUCUCAGGCCUUUUCCAAAUUAGAGGCAGUGAAACAGACCUUUGACCUGGAAGAAUACAGUCUCUCUCAGUCUACUUUGGAACAGGUGUUCUUAGAACUCUCUAAAGAACAGGAACUUGGAAAUUUUGACGAUGAAAUUGAUGCAACAGUAAGAUGGAAACUCCUUCCACAGGAAGAACCUUAA